AUGAAGUUCAUCAUUGUCUUUGCUGCCCUCUUCGCUGUUGCUCUGGCUGCUCCACCUUCCAAUCAAGGUGAGGUACAGAUCGUGCGCAGUGACUCUAAUGUUGGUCCUGAAUCCUUUGAAUAUGGGUAUGAGACCUCCGAUGGUGUUUCGGCAAGUGCAGAAGGACAUCUGAACAAUGCUGGCACCGAAAACGAAGCCCUUGCAGUACGUGGAUCCUACACAUGGGUGGACCCUGAGGGUCAGUCACAUACCCUUACCUAUAUUGCCGACGAGAAUGGUUUCCAGCCACAAGGCGCUGAUAUUCCCGUUGCCCCAGCGGCUUAA